CGCCUCGCCCGAGGUCCCUCCUGUUGCCUCGCCGCCUCUCUCGCUCACUUUACCUCAAGCUUCCUACCGUCUGUGUUUUGCAGCUAGCUAGAGGAUCGUUGCAGGGAACAUGGCCAAGCAUCAUCCUGAUUUGAUCAUGUGCAGGAAACAGCCGGGAAUUGCCAUUGGACGACUCUGCGAGAAAUGUGAUGGGAAGUGUGUCGUUUGCGAUUCCUACGUCCGGCCAUGCACGCUGGUACGCGUGUGCGACGAGUGCAACUAUGGUUCUUUUCAGGGCCGCUGUGUCAUCUGCGGGGGAGUGGGAAUCUCUGAUGCUUACUACUGCAAAGAGUGCACGCAGCAAGAGAAGGACAGGGAUGGGUGUCCGAAAAUCGUCAAUCUAGGAAGCGCAAAAACCGAUCUCUUCUACGAACGCAAGAAGUAUGGUUUUAAGAAACGGUGAUGGUUCUUGGAUUGAUGUGAACCCGUGAUAUUGUUCAGGUAC